AUGCUCGACAUCGCAGGAAUGAUCGAACCAGCUCAGCUAUGGAGCCGGCCCUCGAUCACCAUAACACCGGCCGGGAUCCAGCUCAUCACCGUAGGACGGAGAGAACACAGGCGGAAAGAGGGUCGCGUUGAGGUGGUCGAAGCUCCGGCCAAAAUGCCGGUCCACCAAAAUCUCUUCGGAGAGAAUGCAUCCCCAGCGAAGCCUGACUCAUCUAGGCCUGGGAUUCAGCUUAAAUCGACCCAAAAUUGGUUCCGGAAGGAGCCUCUCUCUACUGGAGAGGAGAAGCGUCUGGGCAAGCGUCCGGUCGGAGGCGAGGUGGGAGAGCCUUCCGCAGAUGCUCCGGCGAUGCAGCAGGCUCAUGAGAAGCGAGGUGUGCUCCAAAUCGAUAGAAUUCAGAGAAAGAAUCUUUGGCAGAGGAGGAGAAGAGUUUCGCCAGAGCCGGGUGGUGUAAGGCGUCGGUUGCAGAGGCUAGGGCAGUAA